AUGCCCCCGUCGUCAGACCAAGCGUCAAGCCAACAGCAGCCGGCUGUCGAGAUCGGUUCCUUCUACCAAGAAGAAGCUUCAAGAAGGGUUUCGCCAAUUCGCAAGGGCCAGGGUAAGAGUCGGAAGAAGCAUGAAGCCAGUGGAGAGAAUGCGGAGAGGUCGCAUAGGGAUUUGCCCCAAGAGUUGACCUCUCCUCCUUCCAUUCUCUCACAACUACGUCAUUCGAUGUCUCCUCCUCUUCCUCCUCCAGUCUCCAACGGUGUCUCGUCCCCUCGUCUAGAAGCUUGGGAUGCUUCUGCUCCCACACGUUCAUCAGACAUACCCGCCCAAACUACAACAGAAUGGGCUCAGAAUAUUCCUUUUGGUCGUAGUCCUCCACAUGAUUUUAGUAACGGAGUCCGCCGAACCGGAUCCCCUCCAGAAUAUCGCCCACCUCUUGAUCCCGAGCUUCGAGGAGGAUUCUCUCACACCUCGCCUCCAACCUCGCCAAAAGCUGCCUACCGCAAGCCUAUACAGCGGACCAACGAAUAUCAGAGCUUUGGGGACUAUGCGGGUUCGUCUCCUUCCAACCGGAGGCCUCCGUCUAUGCACUCUCAGAACUCCCACUUUCCACCACCGCCACACCACCAGCAAGCGCAUUACUACGCAGCGCCAGAAAUUGACUUGGGUCAUCCUGAGCCGGCACCAGAAGACGGCGUGCCUGGUGAGGGUUUCUGCUGUGUUUUUGACAGCCUCUUGUCUUCUGGGCAUGAAGUCUCCGGAAACACAGAGAAUGUCUUAUUAGUGGGUUUCGACCAUGGCUUGAAUAUCUAUCAUAUUGGCAGGAAACGCUUCGACCUUGUUGGUCGCCUAGAUGGUCUUAGAGGAUCUGUAGUUGGUGCCAAAAUACUCCACUCCCAAUGCGUCAGUGACCGACCGCUCCAGCCAUUAAUCGCCGUCAUCGUUCAUGGUCCAUACAUUAUAUCAAGUGCUCCAUCCAGGCCUGGAACCAGCCAUGCGGUAGAGGAAGAGUUUGAACCCUCGAUCUCAGAGAUGCAGGCUCUGCAGGCGGCAGCCAUAACUCAUUACCAGACUACUGUGGAGAUCUAUUCUCUGAGGAAAGGACAGCAUUUAGGGACGCUAUUCAGGAGUCCGAAGGUCGAAAUCAUGGGUGGACGUCUGCAUUCUACCAUGCCUCAUCCUGUAGGAGACCUAAGUAUCCAAGCGAAAGGAAGAUUUUUAGUCAUCAGCUCGGGCAUCAGUGGGGAAGUCUUCAUCUUUGAGAGGAUUCUCCAUGGAAAUUCCGAGACGUUGCCGAGCUUCAGAUGUUUAGGCAAGGUCUGGACACGAAUAGGGUCCCGGAAGACUCGCAGCGUGUCCACCUCUUCCAGUGAAUCUGGACCCGCACGGUUGCAUGAUGCACUCGCUGCAGGUACCCGCCGAUCCAGUGCUACUAUUCUUUCUCUGAGCAACCGAUGGCUUGCUGUCGCACCACCAUCGUCCUCGGCGCAGGUUACCCUCCAUGGAGAAGCCGAGCCUGACGGCCCAAGCCAUAAAGCCCCCGGAGUCAGUUCCCAUGCACCCGCUGCGGAACCUCAGAUAUCAUGUGAUCUUGACACCCCAGAAGGCGAAGGCUUACUCAACAAAGCUGCUCGGGAUAUUGCACAGGGGUUCUUGAAGACCGCUCAAUGGGUUGGGCUUGAAGGGAAGCAGGCAUGGAGUAAUUACUGGUCCAAACCGUCCGAACAAAGCCAGCAAGGACCCGCAGCUCCUCCUUCUACCCCUGAUCUAUCAGCGCUAUCAAAUCAGCAGAGCUUUCCUCCUACUCAUGCACAGGACAGUCCAGUCAACCGAGCAAAAAACCGGCCCGCGCUGGUGUCAAUUUUUGAUUUGGAAAAACUUUCAAAGAGUCAGCACUCAAAAGCCGCUUCAAUCUUACAACCGCUGGCCACUUUCUCGCUGCCGACUGGAUGUAGUCUGCUCUCGUUCUCUCCAAAUGGCUUGCACUUACUGACAGCAAGUGCAAAAGGGGAUGUUGAGCAUGUCUGGGACUUGAUGCGCAUGGUGCAUGGGGAAGCUGCACGUGCAGGAGACCCUGACGCAUCUCCGAAAGGUCCCAGUGUCCGCCAAGUUGCAAAGAUAACUCGCAUGACUGAGGCCAGGAUCGUAGACGUUGUUUGGACGGAACCCAAAGGAGAGCGACUGGCUAUCAUCACCGAUAGAGGCACUGUCCACAUCAACGAACUACCGCCUUCCGCAUUUCAAUGGCCACCACCUCGUCGGAUUUUACGUAGUAGCAUUUCCGCAAGCGCUUCAAGUGCGACUGGUGCCAAAAACGACGACAGUGCAAGGCCUGUAUCGGCUGGUGCUAGCAAUGGUUUUUCCUCGGCCUUCGGCAUGUUUACCGGCAAGACUCAACCUCUUAUCGAUGCCGUUCGUGGGCGUCGUCCAAGCGUGGGGAGUGGCUUUUCCGGAUUUGGCGGUAUGGCAUUGACCGCCGGUAUUGGUGCGAAAAGUGGAAGAGCCGUGGCAGCUGGCUUCAACAGAUCUGUCGGUGCAGCAGCUGCAGGCACUGUGAAUACGAUCCGCCAUCUAGGUGAGAAUCGUCUAGCUCUACCAAGUUCCCAGAGUGCUGUGGCCCCGGGUUGCGUCAGAUGGCUUAGUGGAAAGGGCCUAGGCCGCAUCGCCGUCACUGGUGGAGGCCUUGUACGGAUCUACAGUAUUCGCCAAAGCAGCAACUCCAAAGCUCGACAGCGACGGCCCUCAGUCUUUGGCGAUAGACCAGUCGAGUUCAGUCUUCCAAAAGAGCCAGCCGCAACACAGCACGUUAUGAGUAAACAGCUUCCCAAUUCUCGAUCGUCACCUGAGCCUUCAACACCUCAUGGCUCGUUCUGGCAUCCACAGCCUGCUUUACCAGUGUUAUCGAACUCGAAACUCGAAACGCACCCUCUUUCCUAUGCCGAAUUGGACACAAGUCUGGCCUAUCAACCAUUUCAUACAGAUCGACGAGUCAAACUCUACAUCUACAGUGACGAGGUCACAUCUGCCGUUCCUACUAUAUCUCAAGGGACAAGCACCUGGGUAUUUGGAGAGACUGUUCCCGCUAUCAAGAUCAGCGUCGGCCCUACCGGCCACGAAGAUGAUGAUCCAGGUUUGGGACAAGCUACGCCAUCGCGGAUGGAGAAUGUCAUUAGUAUGAAAGGCAAUGCAGAGGAGGGCCAGCAAAUCGUCGUAACGACUCGGCGAAAACGCAGCACGAAAGACGAAGGGACAGUGGCGGGCACAGAAGACGAGAUCUUCGAGGAUGACUGCGAGUUUUUGGAUUUUGUGGAAGAGAGGGUUUAG